GCGUUCGAGAAGGGCGGCGUUCGUUUAUGAUCUUGGGUCGUUUUGAGUAUCGUGGGGCAUAGACAGGUCAACGUGGACAGCAUUGAAUGCACUAGACAAGUGGCAUGGUUUCUAUACAAUACGAAGUCUGAUUUAAUGCGACGUUUAGGAGUAUCAUUCAGUGUUCAAGCGAAAUGCAACUGUACCUGUACGGUAUUGCGUAUCACCCUGCGGCCCCUUGACCCUUCGCGCAUGCAUGACGGAUCCACACCAACCGUGAUGCCAAAUUGGAGAAAGCUGCCUCGAAUUCAAGCUUCAACAUUGCCAUAACCACACGUCGACAAUCCGCCAUGGCCUCGCGAUUCUCUCUCCAGCUCCUGCGCCGCCCGGCGCAGCACUACACAACUCGCUGCAGGGCCUCCCCCUCGAUACCAUGUCGCUUCUACGCCACCGCCGACAGCAGCGCACCGACCUCGGCGCCUUUCAUGGCCACGCUCAAGACGGAGCUCAAGACGGCGAUGCGCAACAAGGACACGCUCCGCCUGACCGUCCUGCGCGCCAUCAUGUCCCACAACCUCAACGCCUCCAAGACCAAGACGCCGCUCCGCACCGACGCCGACCUCGUCCUCGCCAUUAUGCGCAUGCGUCGCGCCGUCGAGGACGCCCGCGCCGAAGCGAAGCAAGUCGGGCGGGAGGACCUGGCGACCAAGGCGGACGAGGAGGUCAAGAUGUACGAGGACAUUGAGAAGCUUAGCGGCGUGGAGGUCCUGGGCGCGCCGGAGCUCGAGCCCAUUGUCCGGACGCAGGUCGACGCGCUCUACGAGCCGGGCGCCAAGACGAAUGUUCUCGUCGGCAAGGUCAUGGGCAAGGUGAAGGCGGCGACGGCUGGGAAGAUUUUUGAGCCGCAGUUGCUGUCUUCUUUGGUGAAGAAGGCCAUACAGGAGCGGGAGGAGCAGUAGCAAGGGCAACGGACCCGUGUAUGAAAGUGUAGUAUAUGGACGAAGUGUACUCAAGCAUGUAUAUGUAAACAAGAGAUGGCGAUCAUUCACUAGGCAGUUGGAUCUGCAGUAGCAUGAGAGACGUGGACGGCUGUAUU